UGUUGAUAGAUAUUUUCAUUACAUGCAAUGGAGGUUUAUAUAACUUCAAGUAAAUAAUAUUAAGAGGUGAUUAAUUAGGUUAAUUAACGGGAAAUGGAAAGCGUGGUGUGUACAGCACCACAUGGAACGGGGACAGGAAGAAUCACAAUUGAGCUUCAAGAAAAGUAUUUUCAACAGGGAAUGCAAUGGAGGGGCAGAGCUAUACGUGUGGAAAGAGCAAGGAAGCCAAGAACGAACCAUGCCUUCCAAUUGGGUUGUGGGCACGUAAAGAAACAACGUGGUGUUGGUAUGGCAUUGAAAGCUGCAAUUGCUGAACCAAAGGCACCAAUUGCUCCAACUUACGAAGAUCCAAUGCUUGCAAAUUAUGUACCAGUAUAUGUGAUGCUACAAUUGGGAGUUGUUACAAAUGAGAAUGUCUUAGAAGACAGAGUGGGACUAGAGAAACAGCUCAAGGAGCUGCACGCAGCAGGUGUUGAUGGGGUUAUGGUUGAUGUCUGGUGGGGUAUCGUAGAAUCCAAAGGGCCUCAGCAAUAUGAUUGGUCUGCUUAUAGGACAUUGUUUCAACUAGUUCAAGAUUGCAAAUUAAAGUUGCAAGCUAUAAUGUCAUUCCACCAAUGUGGAGGGAAUGUUGGAGAUUCUGUUUUCAUCCCACUACCCAAGUGGGUACUUGAAGUUGGAGAAUCAGACCCUGACAUCUUUUACACCAAUCGAACAGGUUAUAGGAACAAGGAAUGUCUGUCCCUUGGCGUGGACAACAAGCCUUUAUUUUAUGGACGAACUGCCAUUGAGAUGUAUCGUGACUACAUGAAGAGUUUCAGAGAGAAUAUGGCAGAUUUUUUGGAAUCUGAGCUCAUGAUAGACGUUGAAGUAGGACUUGGCCCUGCGGGGGAACUCAGAUAUCCCUCUUACACACAAAGUCUGGGGUGGGUAUUUCCAGGUAUUGGAGAAUUUCAGUGCUAUGACAAAUAUCUUAAAGCUGAUUUCAAAGAGGCUGCAACAAGGGCAGGCCACCCUGAAUGGGAGCUUCCUGAUAAUGCUGGGGAAUGCAAUGACAAACCUGAAUCUACAGAAUUUUUCAGAUCAAAGGGAACUUACCAAACAGAGAAAGGGAAAUUUUUCCUGACAUGGUAUUCCAACAAGUUGCUGAUACAUGGUGAUGAAAUCCUGGAUGAAGCCAACAAAGCAUUCCUAGGCUGUAAAGUGAAGUUAGCAGCAAAAGUUGCUGGAAUCCACUGGUGGUAUAAAACAGAAAACCAUGCUGCAGAGCUUACUUCAGGAUAUUACAACUUAAAUGAUAGAGAUGGAUACCGUCCUAUAGCAAGGAUGCUCUCCCGACAUAAUGCUAUUUUCAACUUUACAUGUCUUGAGAUGAGAAAUUCUGAGCAAAGAGCUGAAGCCAAAAGUGGUGCCCAGGAACUUGUUCAGCAAGUCCUGAGUGGAGGAUGGAUAGAAAACCUUGAAGUUGCAGGGGAAAAUGCACUUUCAAGGUAUGACCGUGCAGCUUAUGACCAAAUUCUUCUAAAUGCUAGACCAAAUGGUGUUAACAGAAAGGGCCCUCCAAAACUAAGGAUGUAUGGGGUGACAUACCUCCGUUUGUCAGAUGAGUUACUGCAGAAAACAAAUUUUGACAUAUUCAAAAUCUUUGUGAGAAAGAUGCAUGCUAAUCAGGAUUACUGUCCAGAACCAGAGAAGUACUAUCAUUACACAAUUCCUAUGGAGAGGUCAAAGCCAAGGAUUCCACUGGAGGUUCUUCUUGAAGCAACCAAACCAGUGAAGCCAUAUUCAUGGGAUAAAGAAACAGAUAUGAGUGUUAGUGUUAGAGCUCUCACUGAUGUACUUGCCAAUCUAGUAGCAAUUAUCUUACGUUUAUUUAAGCAAAACCGAAACUAAAAAUGAGAAAGGAAUGGAAGGAAAGGGUUAGUUUUUCCCCUAGUACAGAAACUCAUCAUCACUACACGCAUCUGUUUUACAUGUUCUGUAUAUAUCUAUAAGCCUAUAUAACACGGCUUUUCAAAGUGUACCAAAUA